ACCGAGUCACUGCCACAGUACUGGUCUAAUCUAACACCGUAUUUUCUGCUUUCGUCCUCAAGCCUCAAACCCUUGUUCUUCUUCUUCAGAUCGUCCUCUCAUCGGCGAACGGUUCAGCUUAGGAUAAAGCGCAGCUUCCUGAAAUGGCGGCAAUCGCAGGACGCGCUGGUUCGGCGCGAUUAUCUCUCCUCCAAAAGCUCUUCACUUCGGCCCAGAGAUCUACCGAUCAGCGAUCCCUUGUCUGCGCUACUGUCUCCAACCCCGUGCUGUUGAGAAACUAUGCAACUACCCCUGUUUCAAAAGAACAAAAAGUUAAGGUGCCCUUGAAAUUGUAUGGGGUUUCUGGGAAUUAUGCCUCUGCUCUUUACCUUGCAGCAGUGAAAUCCAACGCGCUGGACAAGGUUGAGUCAGAGCUUUGUGACCUCAUUGAUGCUUCAAAGAAAAGUCCUACAUUUACACAGUUCAUGAAUGAUCCAUCUGUACCUGUUGAUACUAGAAUGAAGGCCAUGAAAGAUAUUUGUGCCCAAGCCAAAUUUGGAGAUGUCACUAGGAACUUCUUGUUUGUUUUGUCUGAAAAUGGGAGGCUGAAACAGCUUGACCGCAUUGUGAAACGAUUCAAAGAGUUGACUAUGGCACACAGGGGAGAAGUCAAAGCCAUUGUGACAUCAGUGAUUCCCCUUCCUGCAGAAGAGGAGAAAGAAUUGAAAGCCACAUUGCAGGACAUGGUUGGACGUGGGAAGUCCAUUCAAAUCGAGCAGAAGAUUGAUCCAAGCAUUCUCGGUGGUCUUGUACUGGAAUUUGGGCAGAAAGUUUUUGAUAUGUCGAUAAAGACUCGGGCCCGCCAGAUGGAGAAGUUCCUUCGCGAACCCAUCAACUUUUGAUUGCCCUGCCCUUCCCGCAAUCUUCUUGCUUUCAAGGUGUUUUCUGUCCUCUUACAAAAGAAAGCUCUAUUUCACUCUGGGCUCCUUAAAUCUUCCCUUUUUAAUGUUCAGUUUUAUGACAAGAUAUUCUUAUGCUGCUGUUUUUUAGCAAAUAAAAAAUGUUGGUUUUUGUGCGGAUUUUCUCGGACGAAGAAAACCUCAAAUUAGAUGCCUUUUGAUGCCAAAAUUUACAGAAGCAGCAUUUUGCUCUUCAAAACGAAUAAUAAAACUACUAAUGACUC